AUGGUCCUACAUGGCCAGCUUCAGGAGAAUGGUAAAGGUAUGACUGGUAUAAAGCCCAUCAGCUCACACGCCUCUCAGAGAAAACAAAGAGCUGCUUUGUUUCACGAAGAAUCCCGAACACGACUGAACGGUUUCGAGGAUUUGGCUUUGCACGGCCUCUGGAAAGACAAUCCAACGUUCCCAAAGCCUCUCCUGUCGUCCCACGUGGUCUCGACUGCUGUGGUUGAGCAUCACGGCUUUGCUCCCCAUAAAACUCCUGGCACUGAGAGCAGCUUUCAGCAGCUGUUGUCCUCCACGGUUUCGUCAGAAACAGAAAAAAAGAAGAAGAAGAAGAAGAAGAAUCUCGAUUACCAAGCUUGCCUACUGCAUUUGAUUCGAUAUCUACUGCAGUCGAUUCAGUGCCUACUGCAUUCGGUUCAAUACCUACUACAUUUGAUUCAGUACCUGCUGCAUUCGAUUCAAUACCUACUGCAUUCGAUUCAGUAUCUACUGCAUUCGAUUCAGUAUCUACUGCAUUUGAUUCAGUACCUCCUGCAUUCGAUUCAAUACCUACUACAUUUGAGUCAGUAUCUGCUGCAUUCGAUUCAAUAUCUACUGCAUUCGAUUCAGUAUCUACUGCAUUUGAUUCAGUUUCUACUGCAUUUGAUUCAAUAACUAUUACAUAUGAUUCAGUACCUGCUGCAUUUGAUUCAAUAUCUACUGCAUUCAAUUCAGUACCUACUGUAUUUGAUUCAGUAUCUACUACAUUUGAUUCAGUUCCUAUUGCAAUCAAUUUAGUUCCUACUUCAUAUGAUUCAGUGACUUCUGCAUUUGCUUCAAUAACUACUGCAUUUGAUUCAGUACAUGCUACAUUUGAUUCAAUACCUACUACAUUUGAUUCAGUACCUGCUGCAUUCCAUUCAAUACCUACUACAUUUGAUUCAAUACCUACUACAUUUGAUUCAAUACCUACUACAUUUGAUUCAAUACCUACAACAUUUGAUUCAAUACCUACUACAUUUGAUUCAAUACCUACUACAUUUGAUUCAGUACCUACUACAUUUGAUUCAAUACCUACAACAUUUGAUUCAAUACCUACUACAUUUGAUUCAAUACCUACAACAUUUGAUUCAAUACCUACUACAUUUGAUUCAGUACCUGCUGCAUUCCAUUCAAUACCCACUACAUUUGAUUCAAUACCUACUACACUUGAUUCAGUAUCUACUACACUUGAUUCAAUAUCUACUACAUUUGAUUCAAUACCUGCUACACUUGAUUCAAUAUCUACUACAUUUGAUUCAAUACCUACUACACUUGAUUCAAUAUCUACUACAUUUGAUUCAGUACCUGCUGCAUUCCAUUCAGUACCUGCUGCAUUCCAUUCAAUAUCUACUACAUUUGAUUCAAUACCUACUACACUUGAUUCAAUAUCUACUACAUUUGAUUCAAUAUCUACUACAUUUGAUUCAAUACCUACUACACUUGAUUCAAUAUCUACUACAUUUGAUUCAAUAUCUACUACAUUUGAUUCAAUACCUACUACACUUGAUUCAAUAUCUACUACACUUGAUUCAAUAUCUACUACAUUUGAUUCAAUACCUACAACAUUUGAUUCAGUACCUGCUGCAUUUGAUUCAAUAUUUACUACAUUUGAUUCAAUACCUACAACAUUUGAUUCAGUACCUGCUGCAUUUGAUUUGA